CUAAAGAAAAAUGGCGCCGUCCAUUACAAUGUAAGUUUUAAUAGAUGGAGAAAACAUUAGAAUCAUUACAAAGAGUUUUAACGAGUGGAAGUAGUCAUCGAAGGUUUCUCCUUCCUAUGAUCGGUAAUAGGAAGAGAUUUGGAGAUUUCGUUGAGCGACUGAGAAUUGCUUCUUCGAAACAUGAAGAAGAUGAAUUAAUAAAAAAUAAAUUGCUUUUUCUUCAAAAUCAACUUACUCAACCUAAUAUUACUUUGGAUGAUGUUGAAGAGUGCUUAUUAUAUGCCAUGUAUUGUGAAACUCUUGGCUAUGAUUGUUCUUUUACUUACAUCCAUUCUUUAAAGUUAGCUCAACAAGGAAAUCUUCAUCAGAAAAUGAUAGGUUAUGUUGCAGCCAGUAUUUUUUGAAACAAAGAUCAUGAAUUAGUCAUUCUUCUAAUAAAUACAAUACAAAAGGAUUUGAAAAGCUCAAAUAUUGCAGAAAUAUGUAUGGCUCUUAUAACUGUUUGCCAUCUAAUCAAUCAUGAAAUGGUUCCUACAGUACAAAAUUUAAUAGAAGAAAAACUGAAUCAUUCACACCCUUUAGUAAGAAAGUUUGCCGUAUUAGCCUUUCAACAUUGUUUGAAUCAGUUACAGAAUUGGCAUAUUAGUUCAGCAGCAGUGCCUAAACUAGAAAAAGCAUUGUCAGAUGGAGAUUUAAGUGUAGUAACUUCUGCAAUUUCAACAUUAAAGCAGUUAACCAAGGUGUAGAUAUGGAGGCAGGGGAAUCUUUCCUUAAGUUACUUUAUGUAGAGUUAGAUUAUUAAUAAUUAUAAUUGAUCAAGGGAAUACAAAUUAUAAAACUAAAGUUUUAUUAGAUUUAUAAUACUGA